AUGGAGCUGGAGCUGGAUGAGUUGCUCAAUGAUGAGUCUGGGGUGCAGUAUCUCCGGGAUGAUAUUGGUGCUAUGGCUGAUGAGUAUACCUUGGACUCGGGCAUUGGGUCCUACCGCGACAAUGAUCAAUGUGUGUGCGGCGCGCAAGAAACAGUCACCCACGUGCUGGUGGACUGCCUAAAUCUGAGGGAGAUUCGACGGAAGUUAAGGAAUGAAGCUGGGGACGCGUUUAACAGCGUAUCGAGUCUUCCGGGAGGCUUAACAGAAGGUGAAAGAGGUAACCCAGACACCGUCUCACGGGUCAGGACAGUCCAGGCCGUGCUGGACUUCGCCGAAGCGUCACAACGAUUUCGCAGUCGCGCGCCGCUAGGGCAGCCUAACAAUGGGAGCGGCAAUAAGACCACGGCAGGCCUUGACGAGCCCCUAAGUUCGUUUCCAGGAAGUGGGUCAUUCUCUAUGUACGUACUGUGCAACAAAAUACUAGGCAUUUGA